AUGAGGGCAGUUUCACUAGAGUGUCGUCAAGUAGCAAGAGAUGCUGCGGAAGAUGGUAACAACAAGGACGUUGGUGGGGGGGCAUGCGGAAAGAUCCUUAUUAUGUUAUCCUGGGCGCUGGUAAUAAUAACAAUGCCCUUCUCUUUAUUCGUAUGUUUCAAGGUGGUGCAAGAAUAUGAAAGAGCUGUUAUAUUCCGCCUUGGUCGACUGCUCUCUGGUGGUGCAAAGGGUCCUGGUAUUUUCUUCAUUUUGCCCUGUAUUGAUAGUUACGCACGAGUGGACCUACGUACACGUACUUAUGAUGUGCCGCCACAAGAGGUGCUGACAAAGGACAGCGUGACAGUAUCAGUGGACGCCGUCGUAUACUACCGAGUGAACAACGCGACCAUCUCGAUCGCCAACGUGGAAAAUGCACACCACAGCACGAGGCUCCUCGCCCAGACGACGUUACGUAACACCAUGGGCAUGAGGCCCCUGCACGAGAUUCUCAGCGAGCGCGAGACCAUCUCCGGGAACAUGCAGAUUUCAUUGGACGAAGCAACCGACGCAUGGGGCAUUAAAGUGGAACGAGUGGAGAUCAAGGACGUACGACUACCGGUGCAAUUGCAGCGAGCGAUGGCUGCCGAAGCCGAGGCUGCCCGCGAAGCUCGCGCUAAGGUGAUCGCCGCGGAAGGUGAGCAGAAGGCCAGUAGAGCACUUCGAGAGGCUUCCGAAGUCAUUGGCGACUCGCCCGCUGCCCUCCAGCUCCGAUAUCUCCAGACAUUGAAUACAAUUUCGGCCGAAAAGAAUUCAACAAUUGUAUUCCCUCUACCCAUCGACUUGGUCACGUACUUCUUGAAAGCAAGUGAGGCGAGGGCCUAAGG